AUGGCACAACGCCGUCGUGCUGUAGGGAAGAUGCUGCCUCUUCACAUCCUGGUCUGCAAUGCCGCAAUAUUUGGUGCUCCAUGGAGUUUGACAGAGGAUGGCCUGGAGUCCACCUUCCAGGUGAACCACUUGGGGCACUUCUAUCUCGUCCAGCUGCUGGAGGACGUCCUGCGCCGCUCCUCCCCUGCCAGGGUGGUGGUCGUGUCCUCAGAGUCACACAGAUUUACAGAUAUUAAAGACUCCUCUGGAAAACUUGAUUUCAGCCUGCUUUCUCCAUCUAGGAAGGAGUACUGGGCUAUGUUGGCCUACAAUCGUUCCAAACUUUGCAAUAUACUGUUCUCCAACGAGCUGAACCGACGCCUUUCUCCCCAUGGGGUGACAUCUAACUCAGUCCAUCCUGGAAAUAUGAUUUACUCCUCUAUUCAUCGUAACUGGUGGGUGUAUACCCUGCUGUUUACCUUGGCUCGACCUUUCACCAAAUCCAUGGUAAGUGAAUGACUUAACAGUAUUUUA